CAAACGCAACACAGUAAUGUGUCUCUAUCUCAGGGUUCUGUCUUGUUCUUGGUUGUGACAAGAAAAAAAAAUUGAAUUAAAUUGACAAAAAAUUAAAACAAGCACGAAAACUCUUGUGAGCUAAUGGAAAAUAAUAAGCUUAAAUUCUACUUGCCAUAAAGGGCGACUGUAACAGUUAGCCCGCUGAUUUUAUAUUUAGCAUAUGCUCAUACACAUAUUAAUAGCACCUCUGAAACGUUUCUGAACUAAAGUAUUCGGAUCCAGAUAUACGGAUCCGUAUUUGUUUUCCUUUAUGACACUUUCAACUCAGUUUAUGAAGCUGCAACUUCCCCUUUACGGCACAAAAUGCGCAUCAGUAGUAGAAGUGAUUUGUUUCAUGUUGGGCAAAACAGAGAAAACAAGAUCUUGAUUCAUUCUGACACGGACCGCCUUCACACCAAAGCUGCGUCAUGAGCAGCUAUCUUAUCUUGCUUUGCUCUUUAUAGUCUUCUUACCUCUCGGUCCAGGACGGAACUUUUGUCCAUUGCUUGCUUUCUUCCAAGACUUUGACAUGUCCAGUGUAAGGUUGUUCCUUUCUCUUCUGUUGUUUAAAACUGUUUUUGCGUUGUCAGGUGAGUAACCAAAAUAGCCUACUUACGGCACUAUAUUGAUUAAUAUAGUAUAUUUUAUAAUGGGAUAACUUCAAAUGCGUAAUUACGCAACGCCUUUAUCCAGGACGCUUCUGGCAUAUAACGGAUCAGCAUUGGGACCCAACAUACGAACUGACAGAUAAUCCCAAUCUUGUGUGCGCAUCAAGCGGCAACCAACCAGCAGCCAAUGCUGGAGUAUUUGGAGACUACGCUUGUGACUCGCCAUGGCACCUUAUCAGCUCGUCGGUGUACGCCAUGAAGGAUAUCCUGCCGGACCCAGAUUUCAUCGUAUGGACAGGGUAUGCACCAUUGCACCAAGAUGACUGAAGUAUUUUCCAUGGAUCCUGCUGUGUAGGGUCUAGCGUGGAAAGUCUCACGAUUGUGCUGCUAUUUUGACUGCAAGUGAUGCCCUUGUAAAUCAUGAUACCAAAUUACUUGUUGGACUUUCUCCAUCUUUAAACUUUUGUUUUGUGCGUCAGAGAUGAUACACCACACAUACCCAAUGAGGAUUUGGGAGAAGAAGCGGUGCUUGGCAUCAUCAGGAACCUCACUCAACUCUUAAAGCAGGUGUUUCCAAGUAAGUGAGACAUUAAUGUGUAGCCUACAUGAAGGCACAGACAUCUAAGAUCAACAUUCACUGUGGUUUUGUCUGACAAAUAUCGAUGAUAAUGCUUAAAUUUCCGCUGUCUUUAGACACUAAAGUGUACUCUGCCUUGGGUAACCAUGACUACCACCCUAAGAGCCAACUUCCUGCUGCUCCAAACUUCAUGUACGACCAAAUAGCAGGCAUGUGGGAGGACUGGCUGGAUCCAGAGUCCCAGCAGACUUUUAAAAAAGGUUGAUAGAGCCACUUGUGUGACUCCAAAAUUUGUCCUUUUGAUGUCUACUUUUUUAUUUACUGCUUAUUUAACGCAUUAACUGUUGUUUUUACCUCCCAAAGGUGGAUACUACACAGAAAAGCUUUUGAAUCGAACAGGUUUCAGGAUGCUGGUCCUCAACACUAAUCUCUACUAUGACCAGAACAAGUUGACUACAAACAUGGAUGAUCCAGCAGGGCAGUUUAGCUGGGCAGACCAAGUCCUUACAGAUGCUGCCAAAAAUAAAGAGAAGGUGAAACAUCUUGUCUAUCAAUGGCUGUCUCACAUCUAGGACUACAGUAAACCUUUCCUGAAUCGUGACAAUCUGAUUCCUUUCUUUAAUGCUCGUUGCAGGUGUAAACAAGGAAAAGCAAUUACUGUAUGAGGAAUAAAGUCAUGGAAACAUUUUGACAUAAUCAUGAACAGUAAUCUGUUUACUAAAUUUACAUGUAUUUCUCUACCAGGUGUACAUCAUUGGCCAUGUUCCCCCAGGUUUCUUUGAGAAGAAGAGGAAUAAGCCCUGGUUCACACCCCAAUUCAACAAGCGAUAUGUGGAUCUAAUCCAGAAGCAUCAUUCAGUCAUAUUUGGACAGUUCUUCGGCCAUCAUCAUACUGAUAGUUUCAGGAUGUUUUACAACUCUGGGGGUAUGAUUUAACUUUCAAAAUCUAUGUCAUGAUUAUUUUACAUCACUAGUGGAUGUGUUUUUACCUUUUCCUCUUGGACCAACGACUGGUUUCUCUGGUCCAGAUAACGCUUUUGGCAUAUGAGGGAGUAACCCUUCUUUUUCUGUAGGCUCCCCAGUCAGUACAAUGUUCCUCAGCCCUGGUGUCACACCCUGGAAAACAACACUUCCUGGUGUCGUGGAUGGAGCCAACAACCCUGGUAUUCGUGUCUUUGAAUAUGACACCCAAACUCUCCUGGUCAAAGUGAGUGAAGACUAAUAUCUGGAACCAUUCUCUAGAUAUGCUUUGAGGAAGAGCCUAACCCUUUCACUGGUUUGGUUCUUCUUUUGAAUACUCUUAGGAUGUAGUGACCUAUUACCUGAACCUGACCUACGCCAAUGCAGCCCAAGGACGCUGGGAGAAGGAGUACCGCUUCACAGAGAGCUUCAGAGUACCAGACGCCUCCCCUUCCUCAAUGCAUCAGGCUCUGGAGUUAAUUGCCAAAGACCCCUGCUACCUACAGAAGUAUUAUGAGUUUAACUCUGUUAGCUAUGACCUGACAGAGUGUGACACUGACUGCCGUGCUGACCACGUAUGUGCAGCCAGAGAGGUAGAUUUUGAAAGGUAUGAACACUGUGUGGAAAAAGAAGGGGUAGCUGCUAUCUAUGGUGGAUUACUACCGCUCCUCUCAGUUAUGAUAAACCUAAUCUUAGCCAAUCGGUGAUGAUCAUGGAAUUCACAGUCAAGAAUAUUAUGCAAACAUUAUAUAAUUUAAGUUUUUGUCUUUUCUAAAUGGUUAUAUUUUAAUUACAAGUUAGGCGAGUCAUUGAUUUGAUGUACUCAAGUGCAAAAGACAACCUUUAGCCUGAGUGAUCCUUAGUCUGUCCUCUUCACCUUGGUUUAUUGCUGUUUAUAUGACUGAAUAUUUCAUUUCCAGUAGGUCCAAAAACUCCCUUUAUCUCACUCUGAUGUUCAGGAUCCUACUCAGACAAAUUCCUUCUUGUUUACCGGAUCUGCUUAAUAAAAUCAGAGCUUACAACAGCAUUCAUUUAUCAGUCUAUUAGCAUUAUUACAGCAGUAAACCUGUUGUUAAACAACCAUUACACCAGCUCCUAUCUACGUAUAUAAUUUGGAACAGAUGCAACAUGUUUAUAGAUAUAUCAGAUAAAGUUGGAUAAUCAGGGUUCUGUAUCACUUUUAGUAAUUCUGUAAAACAAUUUUACGAGUUUAAAGUUACCGUCUGUGACGUCAGCCAAUAAAAUAAUGCUCAUUGAACUUUGAGCCUGCUGUAAGGACAUGUUUAUUGAGCACGUUUUUAAGCAGUGAAUUUGAUGAAGAAGCAGCCCAGCAGCGCAAGUAAAUUAAUAUGUUGGGAUGGGGCGAUGGUGUUCAGCUGUGAUGUGAUUUCACAUGAUCAGGACCUGUUUAACUGAAGUGAAAGGCUGCAUGGCUGUGUCCAGAGCUUUGGAGUAGUCUUCAAGGCCCACCUCAGUGCAGGCAGGCGCCUCCAGCUUUCCCUGCUGGAUGAGGUUGCACAGUUCGUCCAGCAUGGCUCGAAAUGCUCUUCCAUCUGAGACAAAACAAAGUUAAAAAAAUACGUUAUUAAACCUAUAAUAUUAGUCAUAUUUGGGUAUUUUGACCUGUAAAAUAUGAAGCUUCAGCGGCUCACCUUUGGAGUGAUUUCUCUUCCACUGUGUGACCCAAAACCCCCGAACUUUUACAUCUUUAAAGAUGAGGGCACUCUGGAGAAAACAAGUUUAGGAUAUUUUGUUUGCAGAAAACUUUUUGUUUUGAAAUGAUCAAGUAAGAUUAAAAUAAGAUAAAGUAAGAUAUAGUGAUAAAGAAUAGUGAUAAAGUAAGAAAGUAGGAGAUUUAGUCUUACCACAGGAACAGUGACAGGUUGUUUUGCCAUCCCUCCAUACGUCACCAUAGAUCCACCUAAUCUUUAAUUUAUAAGACAGUACGGUGUUAUAAUAUGAUAUGGUGCUGAUCUGAUGAUUACAUAUUUCAGUUUCAGAUCAUGACUUGUGACAUGAUUUGAUGUUCUCACUGUAGAUGACGGAGCAGCUCUGUGGCACUUUUUCCUCCGACUCCAUUCAGAGCCAGUUUAGGCCUUGGGCAGCUCUGUAUGAGAGACAAUAAAAACACAAUGAUGCCAUGACUGUGUUUAUUAAUAAAUAGCCUCAGCUACAUUAUCAGAUCUAUUAACCUGUCUUCAAACACACAGACCUUGAACAGCUCCUUCAUCUCAGGCCGCCUUAGUGCCUCCUCUUUGAUCACAUGAGUUGCGCCGAUGGCCUUCAGCCUAUCACUGAGCUGUGCGAACUCUGGCCUUUGGAAAACGAGAGACACAAUGAACAAGUUCAUAACAGCCAUAAAUUCUUGCACACACGAAAACUCGGCUACUCUUGGACAACAUUACUCACUAUCACUAAGUACAGUAGCUCUUAAGAACACGCUGAUGCCCUGAGCCAGUAAAAAGACUUCAUAUAAGAAACACAACUAAAUUUAACCAACGAUUCAAGCACAAUUUGUCAAACAAAAGUCGAGAAACAUCAUCAUUGAACAGUUUAUCUGAUAUGACUGAGUUCACCUGUCCCUGACAACGUUGAUAGUGUUUAUUCCCUUUGCAGCAGCAAUCUGUAUAACAGCCUGUCCAACUCCACUGUUGGCUGCAUUCUGGAUCACAGUAUCACCUGCAAUGACAACAGAAUGAAGGAAACGGUCACAGCUUGCACAAAUUGCUACAGAUCAAAUCGUGUUUUUGGAGAUUUGGACAAAGGUAGUGUCUUUGAGUUCAGUGAGUAGUGUGUUAUACUUGUUCAACAAACUGUACUCAAAUUUAAAAAUUCUAGUCCUUUAAAGUUGAUGGAAAAAUAUCACUCAAGUUGUGCAGAGGCUGUAUAUGUACAGUUUGAGUCCUCUGGGAGGAUAAGCGCACUGUGACACUUAUAUAUGCAGAAACAGGAAACGUAUAAACAGCACUGAGAGCAUGUGCAGGUGUUACUUGUUGAGUUGUCUGUUGACCAUAUAUGGAAAUGAUGACAAAGAUCCGAGAGGGCUGAUAAAGUGAGGAUAAAAGACUCUGAAACCCCCUCAGUCAAAGAACGCUGCUGUGUAUCAACUCGGAGCAUGAGCUGUGCUCCAUUCUUGCAAGAAUUAAAAUAACUCUUAACCUGAA